AUGGCUCCUUCGAUAGCGCAAGCACCGCAUCCGGCACCGCUUUCGGCUCCGUCGUCGUCGAUGCCUUCGCAAGGCUCCUCGUCUGUCAAAGACACCGCAUACAGCCAGCCUUCCACGUCCGCAUGGCUAUCAGCAAACCACUCCUCCUCGUCGGGCCCUGCGCCUCCAUCAUUUGGAUCGCCAUCAUCACUGCACGGCCACGACGCAUCAACACCAACCACCUCAUCGCAACCAUCGCAAUCCACCGGUCUUUCUUUCCGUCAACCAGGCCAGCCCUCGCCCCUUGCCAGGCAAAGAAGGGCAGCGCAACAAUCACAACCACAGCCGCAAACGCUCGAUCCAUACUUGCAGUCGCUCCACCAGGCCCAUCUCUCGGCCGCUUUCCGCCCGCCUUCGCCAGCCAACGCGCCCGCGCUCACUCUCUCAUAUCGCUGCCGACCCGACCCGACCCAGUUCCCCAGCUUCGCCGUGCUCCUCGAUACCCUGCCAAGAAUCGCAACCCGCCCUCGCCCGCGCGCGCGCCAGCCCGCCCACCUCAACACCGCCACCACCGCAGACAGCACGCCAGCUCCUUCCUCCAUCUCCACACACCCAUCCUCCCCGCUCACAUCAGAACAUCCCGAUCUUGCAGCAUCGUCCCUCACAGAAGCAACCAGCAUCACCGCAGCCGACUCCAAUGCAGCCACCUCCACCACCACCACAUCCACCCCUCAACUCGCAGCAUCCAAGGUCAACGCUUGGGGAACGCCCAAAUCAUGGGCGCAAACCCUCGGCCGCAACGGCCCAGCUUCUAACGGUCCCAUCGGCGUCAGCGUCAACGUGAGCGACUCGCACGAUUCCUCCUCCGCCGCCGCUUCCCCCGCACGCUCUCCCAAGACCUCCUCCAGUGCCAAAAAGUCGUCGCGCAAGUCCGCCGCUUCCGCGCCCAAGCCCGCCCUCAUGAGCCUCGAACGCCUCCUCGCAGACGCCCACACCCGCUUCGACGCUCCCGUCACACACCCGCGCGGCCUCGUCAACAAGGGCAACUUCUGCUUUGCCAACGCCAUCCUCCAGACGCUCGUCUACUGCGCUCCCUUCUACAACCUCUUCACCCUCGUAGGCAACGAGGUCCCCGCUGACUUUGGCAACGCAACCCCGCUCAUGGAGGCCGUCAUCCACUUCCUCCGCGAGUUCCUCCCCGCCGACGCCUCGCAUGACCUCAACGACGGCCCCCUCCCCGGUCAAGACGCCUCGACCGCUGCCGCCGCCUCCGAGCCUUUCCUGCCCGAGUUCGUCUACGAUGCCAUGCGCCUCAACAAGCGUUUCGAUCAGAUGCGCAGAGGACACCAGGAGGACGCAGAGGAAUUCCUCGGCUUUUUCCUCGACACUCUGCACGAAGAGCUCAUCUCUGCGCAGCGCAGGUCUGCCCUCAAGCUCGCACAAUCCGCCAGCGGCCCCAAUGGCCUGCUCGCAAAGAUGUCCGAGGAGGAGAAGAAGCUCAACGGCGUCUCGGAUGACGACCUCCGCCGACUUGGCGUCCGCAUCAACAAGGACGGCUCCUCCGCCGACGCCAUCGGCCUCGGUCUCGAGGCGGCGCUCGACGACGACGAGAUCGUGGAGCGCGAAGUCAUGAGGCCCGUCAGCCCCUCGGAGCAAGGCUGGAUGGAGGUGGGGCAGAAGGGAAAGACCGCCUACACGCGCACCACCUCCACCUCGGAAUCGCCCAUCACCCGCAUCUUUGGCGGCAAGCUUCGCAGCGUGCUCAAAACGCCCGGUGCCAAGGACAGCGUCACGCUCGAGCCGUACCAGCCGCUCCAGCUCGACAUCCAGCCCGCCCACGUCCAGUCGAUCGAGGACGCGCUCCUCCACCUCACCGAGCCCGAGAUUAUCCCCGGCGUCUGGUCGCCCGCGCGCGCCGCACAGGUGGAUGCCACCAAGCAAGUGUUUGUCGAGUCGCUGCCGCCCGUGCUCGUGCUCCACCUCAAGCGCUUCAUCUACGACGAGAUCGGCGGCGUCCAGAAGAGCCAGAAGCCGCUCGCAUACGGCACCACGCUCGACAUUGCGCCCGAGGUGCUCAGCCCCGCGAUGCGCGCGCAGCCGCGCCCGCGCUACCGCCUGUUUGGCAUCGUCUACCAUCACGGCCGCCAUGCUUCGGGCGGACACUAUACUGUCGAUGUGCUGCGUCAAGACGGCCACUCGUGGCUGCACAUUGACGACACGCUCUUCCAUCCCAUCCCCGCCGAGCACGUGGUGCGCAACGCCGCGUCGGCCAACAAGGACCACGGUCACGACGGGCUGGCGUACCUCCUCUUCUACCGACGCGAGCUUCCGGGAGAGGCAGACGCCAGUGCCACGCCGAGCCCGGUCGUCGCGUCUGCUCCGGCCAAGGCGGCGGUAGCGGUCAAGCCGAACGGCAGCCAUGCGGCAGCGGCGGCGGCCGCAAAGGGCAAGCAGGCCAAGGGGGGCGCCGGCGCCAAGCUCACCAACGGCCAUGCGGAUUCGGCCGCAUCAUCACCGCGCACACAGCACGACUCGCCCAAGCCCGCGCCGGCGCGCAAGACGGUGCCGGGCUGGAGCAAGUAG